AUGCAAAAGUUUAUUGACAAAAUUAAGUUGCAAAAUUUGCAGGAGCAAAUCCCUAAGAGCCAAAUAUUAAUAUCCAAGAAAAUAUGCUUUAAUAAUAUAUUGGGGAAAAAAAAAAUAGAAGAAGAGAAAUUGGAAAACAAUAAAUUAUUAAAAGAUGUAGAAGCAUACUAUAAUUAUACCUUAAAAAAAAAAGCUCUUUUUGUAGUUUUAAAUGAGUAUUAUAGAAAGCAAAGCAUAUUUUUCCUCUUAAAAUUUAAUGAAAUGCAAAGAAAAAGGGAACAAGUCUUUAGAUCAUUAUUAGUGAAUAAGUACAACCGUAAAAUAACGAAAUGCGUUAUUAGUUCGCUAAGCAUAUUCAAUGGCAUAAUGAAAAAAAAAAUUCAUAGAGUUAAAAUGAAGCUGUUUUAUGGAUGGGCAAGUUUAACUAAAAAAAUAUUAAACAAUAAAUUUGAAGAAGCAUAUAUCUAUCAUAUACUGAGGAAAAAGAAAAGAAUAUUUUUUUUAUGGAAAAGAUUAGUUAAUGAUGAAAAACUUUUUAAAAAUGUAGAUAACAUUUUUCUUUCUUUAGAGGCAAUUGCAUCUUCGUGGUUAAAAAAUUAA